AUGAAGUUUCUAAAAUUGGAGCCUCACAACGUAGAAGAACGGACGCUGAAAAUUUGUGAGCUUUUGCCGAAUGCACGGGAACGUUACCGAACUAUAGCUAGUGCCUACGAUAAGUUAUCACAGACGCUACGAAUGGUACAGGAUUUGCCUUUACUGAUCACAAAUAUUCAUCCUAUAUCGCCAUAUCUAAGGCGAACUGCGCCUUAUGCUCCUCGAUCAACGUAUGCGGUGAUUGAAAGAGGCAGUGCUAGCGUUCGAGAUACAAUUGCACUACCAAUAUCUCAUGAAUCACCGCCUUUUCUUCCGUCCAUAGAAGUGCAGCUAACGAUGGAGCAAAGUGGUAAAUGGGGUGAAGAGCUGGGAGCUAUUGCACGCCUAAAAACAGCAUUCUACGUUGAGCUAGCAAAAAUACUGAAAGAAAAGUAUUCAAUGCAAGCUGUCCCCUUUGAUGAUUAUUUGAUCGUUCAUUUUAAUACUGUUGUAUUUCGUUUGGUAAUUGCUUACCCAAAAGAAGUGCACAUUAUGAGGAAACAGAAUGCGAGAAAAACGGGUGCACCAAAAGAUAGCCCAGCUUCAAGAGCAAAAGAACUAGAAGUGAUAUUGAAUCCACAACUCACCGCAUUGCAGCACAGGUACAUUUUUUUAAGAAAGAGGAUUUUGCGAAAAUUUAAAGAAAUCUUUCGAGUUUGUGCUACUGUUGCGUAG